UGAGCUCCUCUUCAGAGUUGUGCUCGUGCUCGUAUAUUCAUUCAAACGGCUGACUUCUGGAGCGCGCGCAAGGAGGAAAGGCUUGAUCUUCCUUCAAGCUCAAAUUCAUGUUUCAUCCGCUUACCGCAUGAUUCUGUAAACCAAAUAUAAAGGAUGACGAGACAGGAGUGACGUGUCUGUUCUCGGCCGGAGCGUGAGGUUGGGCAGAGGAUGCAUGAGGAGGGUGAUACAGAGGUGGAAGGGAUCGGAGAAGAGGGGCUUCAAGCAGAGGUGGAGAGGCUGACGGCUGAACUCCAGGAGGCCAAUGAGGAGAAGUUACAGGCUGCACGGUACGGCCUGGCCGUUCUGGAGGAGAGCGCUGCUCUGAAGACCAAACACAGCCAACUGGAAGAAGAACAUGAAGCCCUUAAGAUGGAAAUGCAACAACUCAGAGAGGCUCUGGCAGACUCUGUGAGCAGCCAUAAGCGUGCAGCUGCAGAUGGGGAAAGUCGAGAAGAGAGGCUCUUGCAAGAGUCGGCCACUAAAGAGACGGCCAUGGAGAUUCGCAUGGAGGAGCUGCAGGCGGAGCUUAAACAGGCCCGCGUUAUGCUGGCCAAUGUCUCUGCUGAAAACGAGAGACUGUCCGUGCUCUGCAACCAGCUGAAGAAGGAGUACGAGUGUUUGGAGGUGGAGAGGACCCGUGCAAGAGAGGAGAUAAAGGAGUACAAGACAAGAGAGGUGCAGCUGCUUCAGGAUAACAGUGAGCUGGAAGAGGAGAACAUCUCCCUGCAGAAACAAGUCUCAGUGCUUAAGGAGAACCAGGUGGAGUUUGAGUCAGUGAAGUUGGAGUUGACCCAUAAAGACGAGGAGCUGGAGCUGAUGAGGGCACAGCUGGAAGAGGCCGAGCGUCUGAGGGAGAUUGUAGAGCGCCAGCUGGAUGAGGCACUCGAGGCCCUGAAAGAGGAGAGGGAGCAAAAGAACAGCCUCAGACGAGAACUCACCGCCCUUACCCUCAACCCCUUCGACUCUAUUGGCCACUUAGAGCUACAGCUGGAUGACAGCCGGGAUGGAGAGAAGGACAGAGAGGGGGAGGAGGAGGAGAUGGACAGUGGGUAUAAUAACUCUAAAGGGAUGGAGAGAAACAGGUGCUCCACACCCAGAAACAGUGAUGUGUUCCUCAGACCUCAGGCUCCUGGGCUGGUGUCCGACCUUCUGAGUGAGCUGCAUCUGUCCGACAGCCAGAAACUCAAGCAGCAACUGCUGCAGGUGAGGAAACCUAAAGCCACACUGAGCAGCACUGUGCAUGACCUUCAGCAGCAGUUAGUCCAGUCUAAAGAUGCUCUCAGUGAGCAACAGGUGAAGAUGGAUCAGCUGACCCAAUGUUUGGAGACUCAGAGUACAGUCUCGAAAAGGACUUGUGAACAAGGGAAUGGAAUGAGCCUGUCUCCCAGAUCCCUUCAACAAGAGUCUGAUAGCGGCAUCAACUAUUACGAAGUGGAUGCCAAAAGCACAGAAGUACUAGAGAUUCGCAUGCAAGCGGCAAAUGAGGAGCUUGCACAUCUGCGCAAGGAGCUGAAAGUGGUGGCAACGCUCAAAGGCCCUGGAGGGCGCUGCAAGCAGGAGAAAGAACGCUGGAGGGGUGAGGCUAUGAACUCGUUGAUAAAAUUCGAACAGUGUAUCACUGCUAGCCGUCAGGACCAGGAGCGAAUAGGACAAUUGGAGCGAGAAAUCGGCGCUACGCGACAGGUCGCCACCGACUCUGAAGGCCACCUCAGUGUUGCGCAGGAGGAGCUUCUGGCCUUCUCUGAGAGACUGGCUAACCUACAUCAUGUGUGUGUUUGUAAUAACCUCACGCAGCGCGUUACACUGGAUUACUAUCGUGAAGGAGCCCAAGCAGGGAGAACGCACAACCAUUCACAGCCCCACCACUACCGCGGAUCCUUCCGCAUGCACAGGCGGUCGGGUGAAGUGUUGGACUUGGGCAGCGGAGGAAGCGGAGAAACGUCCUCUAGCUGCGGAAGUUGUCCAGGGUCUCCUACAUUAGACUUCAGGGACCCAACUAAUGUGCGCAAUCUGGUAGCUGUCAUACGCUGCCAGAUUAAACAUACUAGGUAUGUGGCGGUGGACCUAUGCAGGCAGCGCAACCUGUUGUCCUAUCCAGCAGCAGGAGAAAGCACUGAUUCAGACCGUGAGACAGAGGCACUGCUUGAGGAAGUGUUAAAACUGAAUCCCUGCUUGUACCAGAGAGAGCAGAUAGCCACUCUCAGAACUGUCCUAAAAGCCAACAAACAGACGGCCGAAUUGGCUUUGACCAACCUGAAGACAAAGUAUGAGACAGAGAAGUGCAUUGUGGCUGAGACGAUGAUGAAGCUGAGAAAUGAACUGAAAGCUUUGAAGGAGGAUGCAGCCACCUUCUCCUCCCUACGGGUCAUGUUUGCUAGCAGGUAUGAUGGGAUUACAUGUGGACAAAUUGUUUUGUGUACUCGCUGGCUCAAGGAAGUUUCUAAGGUCAUCAUUCUUGCAACACAUAUCUCCUGUCUAUAGGGGUUUUAGAGUAAAACUAGUUGUUUGUACACUGGUUUGA